UCACGUGCCUGCAUGCAGAAGACUCGCAAAACGUAAACAAAUUCAAUGUUGUGAUUGAGUAACAUUGUACUUUGCCGGUGAAAUUUUGAAAUACUUUGAAUCAUGGUUCGAGCAGGCAAGAUUCCGUUUUUCAUCACAGAAACCGGUCGUCGAGUGGUGUUCUAUGGGUCGACGGCAUUGGCCGUUGGGCUGUUCGGAGGCCACUAUCUCCCGCAUACAGUUGGAAUCGGUUAUUACAAGGAGCUGUUUCAAGCUUACAAAAAUGGUCAAAAAAGAGAAGUGUCGGAAAAACUUCAACAACGCUUCAAUCGUGCCUUGCAGCUUCUGGACUUAUCCGACCUGGAACGGAAAUUCGUUUCACCCUUCAUGAUUUACGGCUUCGACUUGUGCAAUGCCGGAUCUAUGAAAGCUCGCUACGGAGGAGUCGUCGGAAUACCCAUCAAUUAUGACUACGACAGCCCGGCCGAUAUCGAGAAAACCGACAUGCUGAUCGGUAACCGGAAAGUCGAUUGGUCUUCGGAAGGUGGGAAAUUGCUGGACCAAUGUCUCGUUCUGUCGGAAGACGAACAAGUUUUCGGAAUGGCGCGGGAGAUUUUAACUCUGAAUUCGAACAAAAGACUUGUACAGGCGAUCAUCCCUACCGUUACUUGGGUAUUCACUUACAGUGCUGCAUCACUUAUCAACCAAAGAUGCAAUUUUUACGUCAGACCACUCUCCUUGCGAUUGAUGCUUUACACAAUUUGCGGUGUGUUCGGCUAUGGCUUGUAUUCUUUUUCACAAGACAUGACCGAAAUUUACUACGAUACGGACGUUGACAAACAACUGGCUCAGCUUGGCCCAGAUGUUGUGGAUGCUGGGGCGCGGUUUUACGAUAAAGUAUUGAAGAAAAAUGUUGCUGUUCGCAAGCUGACGGGCGAUGACUACUAUACUGCCAAAGGAAACGUGAACUAUCUAAUACGCCAAAAAGCCGCCCCCAUAACGGUGAGGAAGGAGUUUUUCGAAUCUGGAUACAAGGAGUUUCUACCAACGAAUAAUAAAAGUUAAUUUUUAUCUACCGAUGUAAAUAAAUGUUGUAAUAAAUAAAAUUGAAGCUCGUA